AUGGCGGUACCCACACCUCCCAUCCCGCCUGUCUCGCCAGACUCGGGCCCUACCGACCCUACGCUUCCCAAGCUGCCCGCUGGCUGGAUAGCGCAGUGGGAUAACUCCACCGGCGUCUCGCAAUGGGAACUGCCCACGAGCGAAGCGCCCGUCGGCGGCUCCUCGUCCCACAGCACACCCGCGCAACAGACGAACCCAUACAACGUCCCCGGCACCUCAGGCCCCGAUGCAGACGACGGACAAAGAGGCAUGGGCGACGGCCCGACUGGCGACAGGGCAGGUGGAUUGGGUGGCUUUGCGAUGAACGCGCUCAUGGGCAACAAGCAGAGUAAUAGUGGACAUGGCGGCGGUGGCUCGGGAAACCUCGUCGGUCAGCUCGCUGGAUCGUUCCUCGGAGGUGGAAAACAACAUGGUGGUUCUUCUGGGGGUCACUCUGGUGGCGGUGGUGCGGGACAGCUUGUUGGACAGCUGGCUAGUGGCCUGCUAGGUGGUGGGAAGCAGCAUGGAAGUUCUGGAGGUCAACAUGGCGGCAGCGCUGGCCACGCAUCGAGCGGUGGUGGUGGUCUUGGAGGCAUGCUUGGAAGCGUCCUCGGUGGAGGAUCAUCGCACAACAAGCCCAAUAACGGCGACUACGGCUACUCCGGUGCCUCGUCAGGCGGCACCUACACCGGCACCGCCCCGCCAACGUCCUACAACCCCAGCGCUCAAGGCGGCCAAUACGGCGGCAGCGCUCCAAGCCAUGGCUACUCAUCUCCAGGUCCUGGACAACAAUACGGUCAGGGUCAAGCCCACGCAGGCUACGGCGGACAACACUCUCCGCCCCAGCAGCAACAGCACGGCCAACACGGCCAGCAUCAAAGCUACGGCUCGCAAGCUGGAUUCGGUGAACAGUCAGGAUACGGUGGGCCAGCACCAGGCUAUGGUCAAGGACCACCGGCAGGCGGCCCACCAGGCGGCUACGGACAACAAGGUAUGAACAAUGUCACCGCGAAAGGGGAAGACGUGAGAACUAACAUUCAUCUAGCUGGCUACGGAGGUCCGGCAUACGGCGCACCAACCGGUCCCUACGGCGGCGCCGCAAACUACGAUAACCACCAGCACAACCAGUACGGCGGUGCUCCCACGCACGCCAACCAAUAUGGCGGCGGUCAACAGUAUCCUCCUCCUCCUGGUGGCCAUCAGGUUGGGUACGGAGGCCCGCCGAGCCACCACACUCCUCAGCCGGGUUGGCAGUAA